AGGGCGGCGGGAGGCGGGAGACUGCCCCCGCCUGCGAGGGGAGGCGGGACACCUCCCUCGGCGGCCGCAGCACUGCACCCCCAGCCCGGAGGCUGCGGGCCGGGCCGGGGACUAGCCGGCGAGUGCGACUGGCCCUGCCUGCCCCGAGCGACACCGCGGCCGGCCGGCCGGGGAUCCCCUGCGAGCCGGGGAGGAGCCGCCGCCGCCGCCGCCGUCGCCACCGCCGCCAGACAGACUGCGAGUCCCCGGGAAAGUGAAAGGGGGGCGGGGAGCGCGAGGGAGGCCGGGGUGCGAGGUCCCCGGCUCUUAAAAAGACCCAGCGCGCCGCGCCCCCCGCCGCGGCGGCUCCGCACCCCGCGCCCCUCCCCCGCGGCCGGCAGGGCCCGGCGGCCCCACGAGCCGCACUGCGGGCGGUCCCAGCCUCCGCUCCGGAGGGGCGGCCGCAGUUCAAGUUCUACAUUUGUAACAUCACCUGCUUAUAAGACCAAGAACUGACAUCCGUUUUCAUACAGCUUAAAAGAAAGAGGAGAGAGGCAAAUCACAGAGAGCAGCAGAUCAGACCACACCGAACUCCCCUGGAGCGUCUGAGCCUGAGCCUGGAGGAUGCUGGCUGCCGAGCUGCAGAGGAGGCCCCGGCUCUGAGAGGGAGAGCAGGUCUCACUGACACAGCUUCCGCCCCUCCCGGGCUCACCAUGGCCUGCACUCUCUGGCUGGACGGCUGACGUGACUGUGCCCCAAGUGUGCGCGUGCUGGACUGGGUGCUGUCCCAGGUACCGCCUGCUCUCUGGGAGCAGGGCAGGUGGGCAUCAGAUGCUACCCAAAGCUGGACCGGGCAAAGCAAUGGACUCCGACAAGCUAAGAUGGAAGUGACCUGAGGCCUCGCCCAGGCGGUUUCCUCUUGCCAGGACAGCUCAAUAGUCGGAGCACAAGCUUGUCUGGGGAGCAGUAUGCAGGAAGCUGGUUUUCAGGCCACAAAUGCUUUCACAGAGUGCAAAUUCACCUGCACCAGCGGUAAAUGCUUGUAUCUUGGUUCGCUGGUCUGUAACCAACAGAACGACUGUGGGGACAACAGUGAUGAAGAGAACUGUCUCCUGGUGACAGAGCAUCCACCUCCGGGCAUCUUCAACUCGGAGCUGGAGUUCGCCCAGAUCAUCAUCAUCAUUGUGGUGGUUACAGUGAUGGUCGUGGUCAUCGUCUGCCUGCUGAAUCACUACAAAGUGUCCACGCGGUCUUUCAUCAACCGUCCGAGUCAGAGCAGGAGGCAAGAGGACCGGCUGCAGCAGGAAGGGCGCCUGUGGCCUUCAGACAGCUCUGGUCCUCAGCCUGGUGGCUCGGAGAUCAUGUAUGCCCCACGGUCUCGGGACAGGUUUACUGCCCCGUCCUUUAUCCAGAGGGACCGGUUCAGCCGCUUUCAGCCCACCUACCCCUACGUGCAGCACGAGAUUGACCUUCCCCCCACCAUCUCCCUGUCUGACGGGGAGGAGCCGCCUCCUUACCAGGGGCCCUGCACCUUGCAGCUCAGGGACCCCGAACAGCAGAUGGAACUCAACCGAGAAUCUGUGAGGGCCCCGCCCAACCGGACCAUAUUCGACAGCGAUUUGAUAGACAUCUCUGUGUACAACGGGGGCCCAUGCCCGCCCAGCAGCAAUUCGGGCAUAAGUGCCAGCACCUGCAGCAGUAACGGGAGGAUGGAGGGGCCACCCCCGACCUACAGCGAGGUGAUGGGCCACUACCCAGGAGCCUCCUUCUUCCAUCACCAGCACAGCAACGCGCACAGCGGGGGCAGACUGCCUCUUCAGCACGACAGCUCGGGGAGCACUGUGGUGCCCAUCCAGGGCAAGGACAGGAAGCCUGGGAAUCUCGUCUGAUCCUCCAGCAUGCGCUUGAGUGGAGAAGAAGAAACCGAGGACGGAGGAGGACUGCACAGCUCCUCCGCUCCCAGGCACAGUGUUCAGUUUUACGUGCGACAACUAAGUAAAACCAAAUAUGCAAAUGUGGUCUUUGUUUCUGAUUCCUUUCAGGGGAAUUGCAUGCAAACCAGACUGAAAUAAUACAAACUUCCAUCCGGUCUGACCGUCAACAGUGUU